GGCUUUCAAUCCCCCCAGCCUCCCCAUCGCUGCAUUCACUCACACAGCAAACCACAGAGUGAUAGUUCCCUACAAUUUGUGCUGGAUUAUAUUCACUGAAGUUUUCAUCUCAAAAGUUAGUUAUUCAUGAUGACGCCCUCUUGAGGUCGGUGUGUUAGGUGAUGGUCCCGUUGACCCCAUUGUGACCUUGGUGGUUUCCGCUGAGAAUAGACAAUCGUAAGCAGAACUGUCAAGUCACAGAAAGAUGACAUCAACAUCCCCCUCCCACAGCGACAGCAGCAGCGGCUCGUCCAAACAUGGCAGCCAUCAGGACAGCUGGGAGAUCAUAGAGGGGCUGAAGGGUAACCCUGGCAACAUCCAGGAGCCAGAGAAACAGGAGGGCUUCCUGCUCAAGAGGAGGAAAUGGCCCAUGAAGGGAUGGCACAAGAGAUACUUCUUGCUGGAGAAAGGCAUUCUGAAGUACUCAAAAUGUAAAGCUGAUGUAAGUGCCUAUUCAAAAGUGAAGUCUGAGAAGUCUCAGGAAGUGAAGUCACAGGAGUUGUUUGAUGAUUGGGUGUCGAAGCUACGACAUCACCGUGUCUUCCGUCAGAACGAGAUCACCAUGUACCCCCACGAGAGGCACCUGUUUCACCCCUCCUCACACCUCUCGCCUGACCUCAACGACUCCAUGAGACGGCACUCCAGUCUGGCUAAGCAGGCGUCAGUAGUCCAGCAGGCGAAGGUCAGUGCCUGGCUUCACUCCUCAGAAGACAUGGACAGGUGUUGCAGAGACUUGGAGGACUGUGAGUCUUACCUGUUGGAACUCAACCUGCUGCUGAAGAGUAUGGAGGUUUUCCACCGCACUUCAUCUGCCCCUGCCAUCAGCCUCAUGGCCUCAACAUAUGACAUUCCCAAGAAGGAGAAGAGGGGUCCCAGGAAGUGGCGUUCAAAGAAUUACACCAAAGAUGCCCCGGCCACGCUACAGGUUCCUGGCUGUGGCUCACCGCCUGCCUCUCCUCAUCUCCAUACCUCCCACCCAAACCUCUCUACUGCUGAAGCCAACACCUCCUUCCUGGAAACCCCAGACUCACCUACUGAUGCCAACCGCCUCCAGGAAGACUUCUGCAGGCUGGCGAACAACAUUCACUCCACUCUGCGGUCAGCCUAUAGUUCUCUAUCAGCAGAGAGAGACAGAGUGAGGCAUGCUAUUGACCUGAAGGCCCCUCCUCCAGCGCAGGUCAUGGGCCUCAAGACCGGCUAUGGCUCGGGUCUCCCAGAUGGAUCCCGUCAACUUGUCCACCAGGCGUCCAAUGAGUCCAUGUCGGAGUUCUUUGACGCUCAGGAGUACCAGCUGACCUCCAGCUCCUCUGAGAAUGAGGCUUCUGAUGAUGACUCGUAUAUCAGUGAUGUCAGCGACAGUGUUUCCAUGGACACCGGCUACAGCAACGAGGGAGGAAGUGAGAGACAUGACUCUGGCUCAGGAGGAAGUGGUGUUCAGGUGGCCCGCAGGCGGACUACCCUCCCCUCCCCCCAACCCAGCAGCAGCAGUGUCAGUCUAUGGAACAUCCUCAAGAACAACAUAGGGAAGGACCUGUCCAAGGUAGCCAUGCCUGUUCAUCUCAACGAGCCUCUCAACACACUGCAGAGGCUGUGUGAGGAGGUGGAGUACUCUGAGCUGCUGGAUACAGCGAACCACACACAGGACCCGUACCAGAGAAUGGUGUAUGUGGCAACAUUUGCAGUGUCUGCAUAUGCCUCCAGUUACCACCGGGCAGGAAGUAAACCCUUUAACCCCGUCCUGGGAGAGACCUACGAGUGUGACAGACCUGACAAGGGCUUCAGGUUCAUAGCAGAACAGGUGAGCCAUCACCCACCUGUGUCAGCGUGUCACUGUGACUCUCACAACUUCACUUUCUGGCAAGAUGUCCAGUGGAAGAAUAAGUUCUGGGGGAAAUCCAUGGAGAUUGUUCCCAUGGGAACCACUCAUGUGACCCUGCCAGGGUUUGGGGACCACUAUGAGUGGAACAAGGUGACGUCCUGCAUCCACAACAUCCUGAGUGGCCAGCGAUGGCUAGAACACUACGGAGAGAUGUCAAUCAAAAACACCAGCAGUGACGCCUGCCAGUGUACAGUGACCUUCGUCAAGGCGAAAUCGUGGAGCUCAAUUGUGAACAAGAUAGAGGGAGUGGUCACAGACAGUGGGGGGCGUGUCAUCCACUCAUUCUUUGGCAAAUGGCAUGAAGGCGUGUACCAAGGAGACACGCCCUCUGCCAUCUGCAUCUGGAGAGCAAACCCCAUGCCUGUGAACCAGGACCAGUACUAUGGCUUCACUCAGUUUGGUGUGGAGCUGAAUGAGCUUGAUGCCGCCCUGAAGCCCCUCCUACCCCCCACAGACACACGCUUCCGUCUCGACCAGAGGUGUUUGGAAGAAGGGAACAUUGAGGGGGCUGAGGAGCAGAAACAGAGGAUAGAGCUGCUCCAGAGAGAAAGGAGAAAAGUCCUGGAGGAGAACAACAUGACGCACAAACCACUCUUCUUCAAGAAAUCAAAAGAUGACACGUGGCUGAGCUCUAAUACAUACUGGGAGCAGCGGAAGGACCCUGGGUUCAGCUGUAGAGAGGACUUCCCUGUGCUGUGGUGACCCUGUAACCCAACAGGAGUACAGAUCUAGGGUCAGAUUAUCCUUGCCCACAACAGACACAGGAUUUUCCAAAACGGGGAUCUCCACCUCCACACCAAAAUCGCCGUCUAUCAAGCCGUCUGCAUCACCACACUUCUUUACAGCUGUGAAGCCUGGGUCACUUUAGUCGCCACAACAAGCAGCUCAAGCGAUUCCACAGAAGAUGCCUGCAGCGCAUCCUGGGACUCACCUGGUGCAACCGUGUCCUGUACAGAAAUACUUGUUAAGACCAACUGCAAGAGUAUGGAGGCCAUGGUCACCCAACACCAACUGCAAGAGUAUGGAGGCCAUGGUCGCCCAACACCAACUGCAAGAGUAUGGAGGCCAUGGUCGCCCAACACCAACUGCAAGAGUAUGGAGGCCAUGGUCGCCCAACACCAACUGCGCUGGCUUGGGCAUGUCAUUAGAAUAUCUCGGGAGUGCUUGCCGUGGAAGAUCCUGUAUGGCCAGCUAUAUCUUGGCCGGUGGUCUGCAGGGGGGCAGCUAAACAUGUGUCUGAAGAAGUACAACAUACCCACACAUAUCCACAGACAUAGAGGAUGCUGCUGCCGACCGUUCCACCUGGAGUCAGCUCGGGAGCGAUGUACAGAGGAGGAGAGGAGCUCCGGAGGGAGAGAACCAUGCCUGCCCCCGCCAACACAGACAUAUGCCCCACCUGCAAUAAAGUUUGGAUCUCAGAUUGGACUCUACACUCACUAAAGAAUUCACCGUUAACUCAGAGGUGGAAGUCCUCAUCGGAUACGAUGGACUACAAUAAGCAAGCCCACAACAAACCUUAACCAAUACAGGGAAACAACUGACCUUAGAUCAGGACUCGGAGACAUCACUAGAGUCAAAGCUCUGACCCGGUGACUGGGGACUGCUGAGUGUCAGGGUGACCAAGACCAAAAAUGAGCUUCCUGUGUCUGUAGGUGGAGCUAAACUAGGGCUCGAUCUCUUCAACCUAAUACAGAGUUUUCACUUGAUUCUUUGUUUAAAAGAAAAGAAAGCAUCUUUAAAAAAAAUUGUCAUGACUUUAGUCUUUCCAGGGACAGGGUUCUCUUCUUUCAAUUUUAUCACUUUCUCUAUGUAUAUUUUAUACUGUCACUGUAGUUCGGAUGCAGUCCAGCCACCAAAGUGCCUUAAUAUGGAAUGCUGUUCUACUCACAAUAACCUGCUGUAGAUGAUUAUGCAAAUCCUCACUCACUAUUGGUGGGUUGGUGCUUCUGCGCACUUAUGUCAUUCUUAAUGUGGUCUAUAUAGAAGAUCACUGGUGGGGUGUUGAGGUGUGCAUCCCAAAUAGCAACCUAAUAUCUAUAUAGUGCUAUUUAUGGAAUAGGGUGCACUUUAUAUGGAGUAGGGUGUCAUGUGGGACACAGUCGAGGGUUGUAUCUAGGGGGAUUUAACUUGUUCUAAAUGUCAAACACUCUACUGUAAGAGUAUGAUUCUGUCCAAUCACAAUCCAGAUUGUUUUAAUACUCCUCAACCAUUGGCUGACAGUACGUAUGAGAUAAGGCCUUAUGGGACUUUGUAACACUGCGUGUUAAAGCCUGUAUGUUGCCCGGUUAUGAUCAGUCAUUACUGUAAAAUAAGAUGUAUACUGUAUAUCAGUAAAGUACUAUCUAUGAAGAUGAACAAUAAACAGUGAGACUGUUA